UGUGUCUCCCAUCCUGCACUUCAGUUCCAAAUCUCUCUGUAGUGUAGCAGAUAGGACCAAAGCCUAAAGCUUUUCUGUAGCUUAGAUUUUCACUAUUUUUAUUUCCUAAUUUUUUAAACUUUGCAGUAUUUCUUUUCUUAGCUUUUGUGCUUCUUCUUCUUUUUGAACUCACUGUAGAUUGAGAUUGUUUUGACGAGUUUCAGUGAGACCCAUCCUCAACUUCAAGCCUGCUCGGAGAGGACAGAGAGCCACAGGACACCAGCAGAGAUUUAUUUUCUUUCUUGUUAUAAAGUGGUAAACAUUGGACACUACGAUGGAGACGUGUACAAAGAGAAGUGUGCUGUCUCUCCUCUUGCUCUUUGUGUGUUUAGUGAAGUUUGGUGUAAAUGGUGGUAAAGACACGCCUCAUCCUGACACCUCUAAGAGCGAAGGGGCUCCCAAACGCCCGUCUCGUUCCUCUGAUCCCAAAGCUGGCCGCUGCUCGUACACCUUCAUUGUUCCUCAGCAGAAGCUGAAGGGGGUGCUGUGUGUGAGCACCGAAACGAUGCGGGCCAACGGUUCUGAGACCGCCGACCUGCGAGCUCAACUCAAUAACCAGCAGGAGCAGCUUGAGAGGUUGCGCGUACGUGUGGAGCAGGACGGAGCGCUGGCGAGCGAGGUGAGAAUCCUGCGAAAAGAAAGCAGCAUCACGAACGCCCGCAUCACCCAACUGUACGCCCAGCUGCUGCACGAGAUCAUUAACAAGCAGGAGCAAGCGGUGGAGCAGCGACGUCUGGAGGAGCUGCUGCUGAACACCACCUUACAGGUGCUGCAGAUAUCUAACAGUUACAGAGAGCUGGAGAAAAAAUACGAGGCUCUCACUUCCCUGGUGAACAACCAGAGUCAACUAAUGACACAGCUGGAAGGGUGGUGUCAGGUAAGCACCAUCACCAAACCACAGCAGGUCGAUCAGUCCAGCGUCGUGCAGAAAGAGAGCGUCGAGCCUAAACAUGAAGUCAGGAACAUUCAGAGAGACCAAAGUGCUUCUCUGCAACAGAAACAAACAGUGCAGGAGUUUCAUGGGCUCCUCGCCAUGGCCACUGAUCUCCCUACAGACAUGCCCUUCAUCAGCUUCCCUGCCACUAAGUCACCAGGGCCAUGGAAAGACUGCCAGCACGUCCUGGAUUCAGGAGAAAGCAUCAGUGGCAUCUACCUGCUGCGUCCACAAAAUUCCAACCAGCUGUUCCAGGCUUGGUGUGAUCAGAACCGCGCUCAGGGAGGAUGGACCGUCAUCCAGAGAAGACUGGAUGGAUCCGUCAACUUCUUCAGGAACUGGGAUCAGUACAAGCAAGGCUUUGGGAAUCUGGAUGGUGAGUACUGGUUGGGUCUGGAGAAUCUCUACUGGCUGAUCUCACAGGCUUCCUACAAGCUCAGAGUGCACAUGGAGGACUGGCAGGGCCGGCAGGUGUUCGCAGAGUAUGACAGCUUCUACAUAGAGCCUGAAAGCGACUGGUACCGCCUGAGACUGGGAUCCUACCAGGGCACUGCUGGUGACUCUCUUUCCUGGCACAGCAAUAAAGCUUUCACCACACUCGACCGUGACAAGGAUGCCUAUUCGGGUAACUGUGCUCAUUACCAGAAGGGGGGCUGGUGGUAUCACAUGUGUGCUCACUCAAACCUUAACGGGGUUUGGUACAGAGGAGGUCAUUACCGCAGUCGCUACCAGGACGGAGUUUACUGGGCUGAGUUCCAUGGAGGCUCAUACUCUCUCAAGAAGGUCACCAUGAUGAUUAAACCUAUCAAACCCACUGAAGUACUGGUGAAGUAAAGCCUGGUACUGAAUACUGAACUGUACAGAUGGGCAAACAUCAGAGGAACAGAAAUAACCUGACAGAAAAGUGAAACAGUUUCAUUCUGCUGAAAUUGAUGACUGCAUCUGUUUGGAACAUAUUAUUUACCUCAGCAUUCUGAAUGAAAUACUGUGUUGUUGACUUAGUGUCAGUGGUGGUGUUAUUUGCUAGACCAGUUUUAGGAGGCUUUAUCCCCCCAAAUACUCUUUAACCCCCUAAAAUAAAUGCACAUUAUUAGUUUAUAUUAUCAUAGUUUUUUUAUUUUUUAUUUUUAACUAUCAGCCUAUCAUGGUCCAGUGGUUAUUGAAGAACCCAUAGAGACCCUGCACUGAAACCUACAGUGGCCUCUGGUCCUGGUAAAUGCAAACUGUUAUACAAAUUAAUGAAAAAUUGGGGUGACAGAUGUAUCAUUGUGCUUCCUAAUCUACAAUGACUGACAGCUGUAUAAAUGUUUUGGACUCUCCAAUAGCAACACUGUGAAAGCCCCACCCCAAGGUUUUUCCCCAAAGUUGUGGUUAUGUGGCACAUCCACUUUCUGACAAGGUGAAUGGAGAAUGCUUUAAAUACAUUCGACAAGACAUUAGUGUUUUCAGGCUUAUUUAUAAAAUGUUUAUGUAUAAGAGAAGCACAUAUUUCUUGUGUCAAAAAAAUAAUCAGUUCUUACGGUGAUAAAUAGGUUUAUAUGAAGUGUUAAAUCUGAUGUUUUACAAAUAAUUAUAGGUAUAGUUAUAAGUACACUUUCUUAUUAGGAGCUAUGGAAGAAAGAAAGAACAGAGUUAAUUUUUUUUUAGUUGUGAAAGACAAGACCUGAAAGAUGUCAUCCAAUAAAACUAAAUCAAAAUAAGAAAGGAUUUGAGUGCAAAUGAUGAAUUGAGAUCAGCUAAACCCUCACCCACAAAUCCCUUAUUUAUUGUACAUGUCAUAUGUAUAUGACACACCCGAGCUGAUUCCUUAUCACAAUAUAUGCUUAUGUAUAUGUUAUAUAAGAUUUCUUCCUCUCUUCACGCAUAAAAUUGGUGGGAAAAGGUCAUACCUGACAACCCUCAACAUAAGAAACCUUUAGUCUUUAUGCCAGUGUGGUCUUCCCCUAGCCCUAUUUUUAUACACAACACCUUCUCUCCUAGUGCUCUUUACUCUUCACCCAUUUUCAGAAUAGGGGUUCCUAUGUGGUACAAAUAAUCUGAAAUGAAAUAAGACGUUUCCUUAUUUAACCUAAACAGUCAUGUAACUAACUAAAGUGAGCAGCUUGGAUUGAGGGAAAAAAAGGGAAAGAAAAGAAGAGAAGUAAAAUCUGCUGAAUAUAAUUAUGAGUCAUACACAUGUCCACACACACUUGUUGGGGAUGCAGUCCAAAAUCUUUUUAACUAUAGAUGAAGUACUCCAUGCAAGACAUUUCUUAAUAGGCCUUUUAUGAACAGUUUCUAUGAGGUAAAUUUGCUCUAAGCCUACUCACAACUGUUAAACCACAAGACGAGAAGCAAAAGCUACUGAAUAUAAAGAAGCUUAAGCAGGUGCUUCCUCUUUUAAUGCCCUUCCAUACUGCUGGCAUAGCCGCCAGCAGUCUGACAGGUUAGUGGGAAGCCUUCAUUCACCUCAAAAAUUUUUUUUGCAUUAAGGUCCCUUUAACCCCUGUGUCUCCUCAGGGCCUGUGGAAUCGUCCCCACUGUUUUCCCUGUUACUGCACCACUGCUGACAUGACACAACUUUACAACUCCACAAGUUAGCCUUGGCUAAUGGCAGGUUAAAUUAGAUUAGAUUAAAUCCUGUAAAGAAAAUAAUUGGUUUGACAGGAAGUCAUAUCCUAGCUAGUUGUAAAUUAAUGCAAAUGUACAGUGAUUAAAUUGAGGCCAGGUUGUAAAAAUAAACACGGGUAUAUGUAUAAUUACACACCGAACAGGCAUAACAUUAAUACAUUAAUAUUGUGCUGGUCCCCCUUGCAUGCACUGACCCAUCAUGCACUGUGUAUUCUGACACCUUUCUAUCAGAAUCAGCAUUAACUUCAUUUGAGCAACAGUAGCUCGUCUGUUGGAUCGGAUCACACGGGCCAGCCUUCGCUCCCCACGUGCAUCACUAAGCCUUGACCGCCCAUGACCCUGUCUCCGGUUCACCAUUGUUCCUUCCUUGGAACACUUUUGAUAGAUACUGACCACUGCAGACCGGCAACACCCCACAAGAGCUGCAGUUUUGGAGAUGCUCUGAUCCAGUGGUUUAGUCAUCACAAUUUGGCCCUCCGUCAAACUCGCUCAAAUCCUUAACACACCAACUUUGAGGACAAAAUGCUAAGAGGUUUCCGCUCUACUCGUGUGACACUGUUUAUGUUUGUUUGCUUGAAUGCUCGCAAAUAGUGAAGCCAAUUUUGUACUGUGUAGAAAGAGUUCCAUGUGUAGUGCUCGGAGCAACCAGGAUUUAGCAAGUGGAAACGUCCUUGUUAGUCGGAUUUCUUUAACAUUUUUAAUAUGUACUGCUAAGUUAUGUAACAAAGUCUAAAAGAACACUGGGUAUGUAAAUCUCGGCAGAUGCAGCGGAAUCAUGUGGCGACGGGUGUUCUAGCGGUAAAUGCUAACGGAUCUGGUAUGUAAUUUUCAUAAUUAAACUAUUCCAGUAGUGUGUUUAUGAGAUAAUUGAAGUUAUUGAUUUUGGUUAAACACACACGUGGACAAAAUUGUUGGUACACUUCCAUUAAAGAAAGAAAACCACACAAUGAAUACUAAAGGGACAUUUUAAACUAAAGCGUGUCCUGUAAUUAGCCUCACAGGUGUCUUCAAACUUGUAAUCAGUCAGUCUGUCUAUUUAAAAGGUUAAAAGUAGUACACUGUGCUGUUUGGUAUCAUGGUGUGCACCACACUGAACAUGGACCACAGAAAGCUAUAGAGAAAUUUGUCUCAGGGGAUUAGAAGGAAAAUUAUAGACAAGCAUGUUAAAGGUAAAGGUUAUAAGACUAACUUUAAGCAGCUUCAUGUUCCUGUGACUACAGUUGCACAUAUUAUUCAGAAGUUUAAGGUCCACAGACCGCAGUCAGUUGGUGACAAAUCGAAGAGACAGGUAAUACGGAUGGUAACCAAAGAGCCCAGAACAAUUUCCAAAAAGAUUAGAGGUGAACUCCAAGGUCAAGGUACAUCAGUGUCAGAUCACACCAUCCAUCUCUGUUUGACACGCCAUGGAGUAGACCUAUACACAGGAUUCAGAAGGCACUGCUUUAUUAUUUAUUACUGCUAUAUAACACAAGACAUGGGGAAACUAACCUAACAACAAAGACAUGAUAACACUAACAGAAACCUGACUAACAAACAUGAACCAUAGAACAUCGAGCAAUGACCGACAAAGACAGGUACAAAAGGAUCCCUAUUUAUAGGGUACAACAUUAGGACUAAUGGGGAACAGGUGACAUGGUGGGAAUGAGAAUAGGAAAGGCGUGGCACAAAAUACACACAAUAAAGCAGGCUUCCCAUCAACCGCUGUCACUUUCCUAAAAACAGCAGUCAGAUUAAAAGCCAGCUAAGGAGAAGCAUCCUUGUGUUCUGGUGUAUAUUUCACUGUAUACCCAGCUAGAUUUUUGGUACCAGGAGUGCGGUAUCUGACUGUUGAGUGCUCUUUGGCCUUUACUGCAUUUUCUUUCUGGAAUACAGUAGUGGUGGGUACGUUUUGUGGUCAAGGGACUGGAUCACUGGAGAAGAAGGGGACAUCAGUAUCUCCUGCAGAGCUCAAAAGCGUGCUGUCUACUUCAUGCCUGUUACGUGCAUUCUGCAAGUAAAGCAAGUAACGUUACACUGACAUUUUUGACUGCAUCUUUUGAAUUAAAAAGGGAAAUCAAUGGACUUGUGAAAAAAAAGAGUUUAUUUUAACAUGUCACAGUCUGAUAGUGAGGGUCAGUAGUAAAGGGUGCAGCUGAUGAGCCAUGAUAUGGGUUAUAUUCAGGGACAAAUCCAAGAGCUUGGUAGGAAGCAUGCUGAAACUAUGGCAGCUAUUGCUAAUCUCAGUAGAGAGUCAAAGAGGUUUUACAUAUAUGUACCAAGAGAACGUCACAUCCAGCCUUUUCAGUAAAGAUGGUAGAAAUUAGGGGAGAAAUGGUACAGGACCCUCAAGAUAUGGUAUGGUAUGGUGAGGGUCAGUGCCAGACGGAGCAGCUGCUUUCAGCAUGGUAUUGACAGUUUUUAUGGCUUGCUCAGCCAUACCGUUGGACUGAGCGUAGUUUGAACUGAAAUGGGUGAUGUUGAAACCCCAAUCAUGAGCAAAUCGAGCCCUUUCAGCACUGGCAAAGGGUACAUGAUCUGCGAUCAGGGUCUCAGGCACACUGUGUCUCACAAACACUGCCUUGAACUGCACUCUGAGUGAGCCUGAUAUUUUGUUUGACAGCUACUGUAUAGGGCUUCUGGAUAUUUAGAAAAAUAGUCCACUAUCAGAAGAAAUGCUUUUCCCUGAAAGUCGAAAAUGUCAGCAGCCAUCUCCCAUGAGGCUAUCUUCUGCCCUCUGGAACUGGAGAUAAGUGGCUCCUUCUGAUUUUCAGGAAGACUCUGUUGACAGGAACCAAGGGUGUAACUUUGGUUUGAGAGGUUGGGUGGAAAAUGUUUUUGAUUUGAAUCACAUUUCCUGCAUUUACAUACAUUUAGAGACUAUGGAGAUACAAAAUCCAGAAAAAUAAUGAAGUUGAUUAUAAUGAUAAAUUCUGCCAAAAAAGAAUAGUAGGCUACUAAACUAUGUAUAUAAAAGAGAUGUCUUACUUUCUUUAUUGUUUAAUAGCAGCCGAUCACCAAGACUUGAGAGAAUCAUUUCAUUUCAUUUCAAAUGUUCACCAUGUUUUUUUUAGUGUGGGAAUAAAAUUUAAAUAAUGUGAGACUCAAUUUCCACUGUUAAACAAACUUUUAUGUCAAACUAAUUGCUGUACCUGAAAAUGUAAAAUAAAUCACUUUUUGCACAGGACGUUUGUCAGACACAUCCACUAAACCGCAGGGGUUUAGACUAGAAAAAGCAAAAAGCUUAUAUGAACUGUGUGUGUUAACAAAAUAUUCAAACUACUUAUCAUGUACACCUUUUCGCUUUUGUCACCAACAAAUCAAAAUCACCUGGCCCUUCAUCCAUUUUGCUCAAAAUUACUGCUGCCAAUGGGUUAGACAUACCAUACCUUAGCUAUCUUGCACUACCAGUAGAAACAGUGGGUAUUCACCUGUAAGAGUUUGGUUUUCUGGUAGCCAGGGAAGCACAAAACUCUUCAUCUGUGCCAGCUCUCAUUGGCAUGAAUAAAAUAUUGUUCCAAUAGAGAGAUAAA